GACCGCCUCGACCGCCGCAACAGUCACCAUGCAGGCCCUCCGACAACCGCUGCGCUCUGCGCUCUCCCAGUCCGCGACCCGGCACUAUGCGACGGGCUCGUCGCAGUACGCCGAGACGAUCAAGAACCUGCGCAUCAACGGCGACACCAAAGUGCUCUUCCAGGGCUUCACGGGCAAGCAGGGAAGCUUCCACGCCCAGCAGGCCAUCGAGUACGGCACAAAGGUCGUCGGCGGCACCAACCCCAAGAAGGCCGGCUCUGAGCAUCUCGGCAGGCCCGUCUUCGCCAACGUCGAGGAGGCCAUCAAGCAGACGGGCGCCACGGCCUCGGCCAUCUUCGUCCCUCCCCCGGUCGCCGCCGCCAGUAUCGAGGAGGCCAUCAAGGCAGAGGUGCCGCUGAUUGUGACCAUCACAGAAGGCAUCCCGCAACAUGACAUGGUCCGCAUCACCGACAUGCUCAAGUCGCAGAACAAGUCGCGCAUGGUCGGCCCCAACUGCCCCGGUAUCAUCGCACCUGGCCUGUGCAAGAUCGGCAUCAUGCCCGGCUUCAUCCACAAGCGUGGCCGCGUUGGUAUUGUCUCGCGCUCUGGCACCCUCACCUACGAAGCCGUGAACCAGACCACCCAAGCCGGCCUUGGCCAGUCGCUCGUCGUCGGCAUUGGCGGUGACCCCUUCUCUGGUACCAACUUCAUCGACUGCCUCAAGGUCUUCCUCGAGGACGAGGAGACGGACGGCAUCAUCAUGAUUGGAGAGAUUGGUGGCUCCGCCGAGGAGGACGCCGCAGACUUCCUCAAGCAGUACAACACAGCCAACAAGCCCGUUGUCAGCUUCAUCGCCGGUAUCUCGGCGCCGCCGGGCAGGAGAAUGGGUCACGCUGGUGCUAUUGUCAGCGGUGGAAAGGGUGACGCCAACUCCAAGAUCAAGGCUCUCGAGGCUGCUGGCGUCGUUGUCGAGCGCUCGCCCGCUGCGCUUGGCAAGACUUUGUACGACCAGUUUGUGAAGCGCGACCUGAUAUAGGUUUUCCAAGACAGGGAGGGUUGUUGGUUUAGUCUGUAUCUGAAGCGAGUGCCCGCUUUCACAGACGGAUGCCUCUGCACCAAGGGAUGAUUCAUACCAAGUUGUGUCUAUUGUACAUUUAGUCGUUCAUAUCACAUCUUCAUCAA